UGUUGAAGUUGAAUCUCUUAUCAUGUACCUUAUCUUUAUAGUACUGAAAGUAUCUGUUUAAGUAUUAUCGAGAAAUCUUUAUAAAAUGGCACUGUUUCACAAUACUCUAAACAGUCUUGAAAAAUGAUUUCAAAGUUAACUACACUUAGUGCCUUCCUGGCAAUAAUUUCUCUGUCUGCGGCCUUCCAAAUAUCGACUCGUGAUAAUGACGGUGUGGCAGUAUAUCUGAAUACACCCACAGAUCCAUUCGUCAAGAUCGGAGACAAUUAUUUCUUUGUUGAAAGUAAGCGCGAAAUAAACUGGUAUGAUGCCUUCGAGGCUUGUCGUCAAAUGAACGCUGACCUGGUCGCAUUUAAAGACUUGAAGGAACAGAAACUGGUAUCUCAGUACCUUGUUGGUAAGAAACUUAUUGACAAUUUUUGGACCUCUGGCACCGACUUUGCCAAGCAGGACUAUUUUGUUUGGUUUUCUACGGGUCAGCCCGUAGCUACGGAUUUGUGGUGUAAAGGGGAGCCAAAUAAUGCUGGAGGAAUUGAGCACUGCGUUGAAUUCCUAUCCAAUGUGGGACUGGGAUUGAAUGACCGGAACUGCUCCCUCCCGAGGGGCUAUAUUUGCCAGGCACCGCAGCCGAAAACAGUUUCAUUUAUUGUGUGGUAGACCAUUGAUUAACAGCUGAAAAUUCUUUAAAUAAAAAUUGCAACUAUCCAAACGAAA